UCCAUCCAUCUGACCUGCCAGAGACGUCAAAAUCAAAUUAAGAGUUCCAAGCAAGGACGGCAAGCUCGUCUAGCUUCAGAAGGGGCGUCCAGCCUUCCAACAUAUUGACAGCAUCUGAGAAUGAAAGAGAAGUCGAUCUUGGUGCUUCGUUACACCGACGGACAGGAGGACGGCAAAGCACUUUCGGUACUUUGGGGCCGUGUCCUAAAUUCAUACACAACUCCGAAAGAUGUCACCGAGACGCCCUGAUUGCCAUGGCAACCCCAACAACACGCUACUGAAAUUAGCUGAAGCCAAUGGCAGUCUGGUUUUCAAGUUGGUCGGGCUGCUGAUCUUCCUGAAUGCCACCUUAUCGUGUCCCUUAAACUGUGACUGUUACAGCAAGAGCAGCCUUGUGCAAUGCCGCUCUUCGUCUCUCCAGGAGAUUCCGGGGGAUUUACCACACUGGGUCCAGAACCUGUCAAUCACCAACAGCAAUAUCACCGUCCUCCCAGCCUCAGCCUUCCAGAGAAAUGGAACAAGCCUGUACAAUUUGACAACACUUGUACUUGCCAGCGGCAACCUCCAAGCCAUAGAGGCCAGGGCUUUCUCUGACCUCCCAAGCCUCACCACCUUGGACAUGAGCUUCAAUGCCCUCAACUCCCUUCCUGAUGAUGCUUUUGCAGGAUUAUCUCAGCUUCAAGUUUUAAAAUUAAACCAAGCUCUCCGAGAACCAGCCCGAAGCAACAUUUUUAACUCUCGAUGGGCUCAACAUUUGCCGAGUCUUAGGACUCUAGAGCUAUCUGGAAAUGAGCUACAGUCUUUCCCCAUGGCUGUGAAGGAUCUGGAGAACUUGCAGACUGUCCACCUUGGAAAUAACUCUAUUAAGAGACUCAAAGAGGAGGAGAUCUCGGUGCUCAGAGACAAGAAUGCCCGGCUUUAUAUUAGCCCCAACCCCAUUUUUUGUGAUUGUCGGAUCAAGGAAAUGAUUUUUUGGUUUCGAAACACUUCCCAGACUUUGGACGCCCGGCAGCUCCAGUGCUUCGGACCUUCGGCCUUGAAUGGUUCCUUGGUCACCAACCUCAGAGGCGACAACCUGAAAUGUUCAAACGAGAACAUGGAGACAGCAUCCUAUGUCUUCUUUGGGAUAGUCCUGGCUCUCAUUGGGGUCAUAUUUCUCAUGGUCCUCUACCUAAACAGGCGAGGGAUUAAAAGGUGGAUGAACAACUUCCGGGAGGCCUGCAGGGACCAGAUGGAGGGCUAUCACUACCGGUACGAGCAGGACUCAGAUCCCAGGAGAUCAAAUGCUUCUACUGGGAUAUAAACUUGAUCGCUCACGCCGUGAAUGACGUUUCUUUUUUAACAAUUUCAAUGCAUAGAGGAGAUAAAGUCAUAGGACAUGAAUUCUGGGCUUGGAUCUACGCCAUAGGUCAAGCUAGAGGCCAAUGAGCUUUUAAAGGGUAUGUAAAGGCAAAACAUUGUUUGUUUUAUUGUUUUGGAUGGAGUGUGGAAGAGUUAGGUCCUUUGCCAAGUUUAUAUUGCUGUCUAUAUCACCACAUAGUUACAUAGUUAGCCAGGUUGAAAAAAGACACAAGUCCAUCCAGU